GUUUCAUUUUUCAUUCGUCAUUUGUUUCACUCCAGUAUCGUCCGUAUCGUCUCACUCAGACACUCACUCGUUACUCGAAAAAAUGGCUUCGCUAGUUUGUCGAUCGGUUUUUGCUGCAACUCGGCGAGGAGUUUCUACCACCGCUGUUAGGGCGGCAGAUAGAGCUAUGAACGAUCCCGUUGAACAUGCUACCGGAUUAGAAAAGCGUGAAAUUCUUGCCAAGCAAGCUGGACGAGAGGAUCCAUAUGAAAUGCAAGUCUACAAAAGAGUUGCUGGAACCAAGGAAAAACCCAAUGUUGUUCCCUCUGUUGCAGACUACCGUGUUGUAGGUUGCGUCUGUGAAGAAGAUGCUACUGCCAUCAACUGGAUGUGGCUUUACAAAGGUGAACCCAAGCGCUGUGAAUGUGGCUACUGGUUUAAAUUGGUUGAUUCGAAACCCGUUUAGAAUUUAGACUUAUUUGAAAGGGUAAAAGCUUUCUGAAUGUAUAGAAGAGAACGAAUAAAAGAAGCAGUCCUGAUA